UACUACAAUCCUGAUAAAUUAUAACAUAAUUUGUGUUUCACUGCGGAAUUGCCGCAUGUAAUGAAAUUGCAAUUGCAUAUUCACACAUUUGCAAUUGAAUACUGUUGUUAGUAGCAUGAUAUUGAGAGGUCUCUGAAGAUGCCAACUCUGGUUUUAACCAAUGCUCAUACAUUUGGACCCACUUCCAUAUCCUCAACGCACAAAACACAAUGUGUGUCUCCUGUAAGACCUGCUCCAAAAGUGGGUUGCAGAUACAAUAAACAAUGUAUAUCUCUUCUGCAAAAGGGUUAUAGUCACAAUAGACAAUGUAUAAAUUCUUUGAAAGUGGGUUUCAUGAGCUGCAAGGAUACAUUCUCAUUUGGGGAGUUUAGAAAAAGAGCCAGGUGUGCCAAAGGCAAAGGCAAAGUUGCAGCUUCCUCUGAGAGUGGUGGAGGUGCUACUUUGGAUAAAUGGAUCAAGAUGCUUCCAGACAAGAAGGAGCCACUGUAUUCUCACAGCUUGCCUUGCAUUGAGGCAUGGUUAACAAGUUUGGGAUUCGUCCAAAGCAAAGAGGACCGCGCUGUUUGGCGCAUUGAGAAACCUGAUUGGCGUGCUCAGCUUUCUCUCGACAUUACAGACCUUUAUAUCAGGCAUCAAAUGGAGAUCUCAUCAAGGAAAAUCAAGCCGGAUCAAGGACGGUCUUCGCCGGGACGAUCAAGCAAGGACAUGGGCAACCUCUUCCAAUCCAGUAUUCCAAGGCGAGGUACAUCAUCAUCUUGCACAUCAAGGACAGAAGGAGUUAGAACAAGAAGUUAAUUAAAGAUAGCCUCUCAACGACAUCAAAUUGAAUAUCUAGCAAGCUACAAGUGUCAGAUGAGGUGGCAUCCCAGUCAUCACUCCUCCAGUCAGUGUGGUCCACCUCAGCAUGUCCAGAUUCAAUGUACUUAACUCAUGGAAGGUGGCACAAACUCCGAUGUACCUACCCCAGCUAUCCAUUGGUCGAUUUUUCUAGAAGGGACAUGUGUCCAAGCAAUACAAUUUUAUCAUUGGUCAAGCAUUAAAUGUUAUGUAAUGGUUGUAACAAACCCUAAUUAGGGUUUUCAUUGUAAAAUCUUGGCCAUUGAUCUUGAAUUGAUCUAGGCCAUCAAAUUGUAUUGUGGGCACUAUAUAAGCCGAGGCAUUUCAUUUGUAAAGGCUAAUUAGCAAUAAGUUAGAGAUAGCAUGUAAAUAGUUGGAAGAGUUAGAAUAUAGUUGAUAGAAUAGUAAUUAGAGUAGAAUAGGAGGACAAGGCAAGAAAUUGUUG